UGUAUGUGCGCCCAGGCGCAUUUCUCUUUUCCCUCACGCCCACCCUCCGCCGUUUUGCUGCCUCGCCAUUCCGCCCGCGCCUUCGCGUCGGCCGCCGCGGCCGCGCUCCCUUCUCUCCCGCGGUGGUGGGCGCUGGAGGUGCCCGCUCCGAGGCAGCAGGUGGUGCGGUGGGUGCGCUCGGCUUCUGGAGAUCUCGGGCUUUGCUGCUUGCGCGGUGGUAGGAGAGGGGGGUGGGGGAGGAGGUAGCUGUGUGCCUGUGUGGGGGUGAGGUGGACUAGGGUUACGGGCUCUGCGGACGGGCAGGAGGAGGGGGCGGCGACGGGUGGCCGAGGAUGUACGUCCCGCCGUCCCGCCACGGCGGGGGAGCCGGCGCCGCCGGCGAGCAGCCUAGGGUUUACCAGGUUUGGAGGGGAAGCAACGAGUUUUUCUUGCAAGGCCGGUUCAUAUUUGGGCCUGAUGUGAGAUCCUUAUUUCUCACUAUAUUCCUUAUUCUUGCACCAGUAGUGGUUUUCUGUAUAUUUGUGGCCAGACAUCUUAUCAAUGACUUUCCUGAUCAUUGGGGGAUUUCAGUUAUGGUGGUAGCGAUUGUCUUCACAAUAUAUGAUUUGACACUGCUGCUUCUUACCUCCGGUAGAGAUCCUGGUAUAGUGCCUCGUAACACCCAUCCUCCUGAACCUGAAACCAUUGAUAUGAACAAUGAUGUUGGAAAUGGUCAGACACCACAACAAUUGCGUUUGCCACGGACAAAGGAUGUAUUCGUAAAUGGAGUCAUUGUGAAGGUCAAGUACUGUGACACCUGCAUGCUGUACCGACCACCUCGAUGCUCGCAUUGUUCCAUCUGUAAUAACUGUGUGGAGCGUUUUGAUCACCACUGUCCUUGGGUUGGGCAAUGCAUAGGAUUGCGCAAUUAUCGAUUUUUCUAUAUGUUUGUAUUCUCAACGACAUUACUCUGCCUCUAUGUGUUUGGCUUCUGCUGGGUGUACAUAGUCAAGAUCAGAGGCGCAGAACAUUCAUCGAUUUGGAAAGCAAUGUUGAAGACACCGGCUUCGAUCGUUCUGAUCAUCUACUGCUUCAUCUGUGUGUGGUUUGUGGGUGGUCUGUCUGUCUUCCAUUUCUACCUGAUGAGCACCAACCAGACAACCUAUGAGAACUUUAGGUAUCGCUAUGAUCAGCGGGCGAAUCCAUACAACAGAGGAAUCGUGAACAACUUUCUGGAGAUCUUCUGCACUGCAGUCCCUCCUUCCAAGAACAAUUUCCGAGCUAGGGUCCCAAUAGAGCAAGGUGUACAGCAAGCACGCGCACCAGCAAGGGGGUUCAUGAGCCCAAAUAUGGGCAAACCUGUUGGAGAUUUUGAACUGGGUAGGAAGCCAAUAUCAUGGGAUGAACCUCGGUCAGCAGCUGAUAUCAGAGAUUUGGAAGUUGGUCUAGGGGGCUUGUUGGAUGAGAAAGAAGGCAGAAUAGCCCAUGCAUCCCCAGAUUUGAGCAGAGAAGCCUUUCCGGAGCUUAUGGAAGGUAGGGCUGGUAUGCAUUCAAGGCGAUCAAGUUGGGGUCACAGAAGUGGGACCUCAGAGUCAAUGGACAGCAUUGCCGUGCAGAUGGGAACCGUAGAAUCUCAUUGGGGCUCCAUAAGCAGUGUCCAUGGUGCCACCAGUGGAACUCAGUAGCCAACUGCACCAUGUUUUGACGUUGCUUUUCGUGAACCCGUCUGAUACCAGCAAUGAAGAAGCAGCCUUGUGUGUACUCUGUGCGCUUGUGCUUUCACCUAGGAUAUACAUCAGUGCUUUCUUUUGUCCCUGUUGUUUCAUACCGGAAGCGCAUCAGUUCUGAUGUUCUUCCCGUCUGGUGUUCUAAGCAAAAAUAACAGAAGAGCUCAACUCCUAGUGCUAGUGGUUUGGAUUAUCCAUCUGUAUAUAUUAUUGGAACUGUCUGCGAGAAAGGUUGUCUUGUUUGGUUUGCGGACCAUGCUGCUCGAAAGAAACUUCAGGAAUAUUUGCCUGCCAAAUCUUCUUUUACCUGAUGUUUCUUUAUUCAUA